AUGAUUAUCCCAACUUCAUCAUCCACACCAAUCUCAAUAAAUCCAACUUUCACACUUUUACCUCGUCUAAACAUUCUUUCAUCUUAUUCCACCUCCACCUCAUCAUCUACGACAACAUCAACCACCGUAACAUUCACAACCUCAACCUCAACUUCUAGUCUACCAACGUCAAGUAUUUCAUCUACUUUUUCAUCAUUAGUAUCUUCGAAUAAUCCUUCUUCUACCCCUCUACCGACUCAAAAGGGAGAAACGUACAAUGUUCAAGAUAUACCUAUAAUACCGGAUGAUAACCAUGUGAUCACUACUGGUACUCCUGAGAUGUACGAUGUGGGAUAUGCAGCUGAGGCAAGUACGACUUAUGUUAGAUUUUCUUAUGCACCGUGA